UUGACAUUGACAUCAGAGCCACAUGCGGUUUGUCCACCACAAGGAACAACAGUAUACUCUGUCCUCUUCAGCCUUUACUUUGUUAAAAGAGUGCUGUUGGUUUUGACUGAAGCUGAAGGACUACAAAAGCCAUGCUUUUGGCAGCGGCUGAAUGUGUGUUGAUGGGUUUCAUCCUGUACAUCUCAGGGAUUCAGGGACAAGCAAACCACAUCUGUGCCUUAAAAGGUUCAUCAGUGGAUCUGCCCUGCUCAGCUCAACAUCCCACUUCAAGCAUAAAAUGGUACACCAUUCACAUUACUGAUCCACGAUCCACGUAUGUCCUGAAUGAGCUUUCUGCAGAUGGAAAUCAUGUUACGUAUAACAUGUCUGAAAAGAGUAUCUUCACUCUAACAAUCAAUGAUCUGAGAGAGAGUGAUGAAAAGUUUUACUGCUGCAAAGAAACUACUGACAAACCAGAAAACUGCUGGCACAACAGAACUGAGCUCCACAUUGCAGACCUGCAGGUAAAGGUGAUUCCUGCCACAGAGGGACAGACAGUAACACUGAUGUGUAACACCAGCUGUCCUCUGACUGAAAACCCUGCAGCCUACAUCUGGUACAGGAACAGAGAGUUUCUCUAUCAGGACUGGUCUCCCUGGUACCAACAGCUGGUCAGCAGUGACAAAGCAGUCAGAUACUCCUGUGCUAUCAAAGGCUACGAGGGUCUCAGAGCCCCUGAAGUCUCCGUGGAUUCUGUCACACCAACCUGCUUUAAUGUCACCUAUGCUAAAGGAAUGUGUUCAGUGGAUAAGCCCUGCUCCACCACAUAUCCAACAGAAGUAAUGUUACAUGUUGAAAGGAAUUUUGAGAAGAACUAUGUAACACUGACCUGUGCCACCAGCUGUCCGAUGGCUGACCCUCAAUAUGUCUAUACGUGGUACUGGAACAAACAGUUAUACAGUCACUGUAAGAGUCAACACAUCACACUUUUCCGCUCUUCUGUUGGAGUCUUCUCCUGUGCUGUGACAGGCCUCGAAUAUCUGCACUCUGAUGAAAAAUGUCUUGAUGAUUCGAACUGCUUGAGUGUGAAUUACGUCAGCAGGAGGAUCUGUGCCCUGGAAGGUUCAUCAGUGAACAUUACAAGCGAAUCCUCGGGCCAAUCGGUUAAUUCAUGGAAUAAAGUAAAGAGACGUGAUGAGGAGGAUGAUGAAACUUUGACUGACGAUGCUGGUCGUGUGGAGUUUCAUGUCAUAAAAAACUACCACAUAAUGAGCAUCAAUAACCUGAUGAAGAAUGACUCAGCAGAAUACACAUUCACGCCCCGAAAAUAUAAACAAGGACGGACACAGUCUGAUUUAUCUGGAGUGACUUUAGUUGUCACAGGCCUGAGAGUGAAGUUUACUCCUUCUGCAGAGGUGACAGAGGGCCAGAGAGUCACACUGACCUGCAGUACCAGCUGUCCUCUGACUGACAACACAAACUACAUCUGGUACUUGAACAGUCGACGUUUUGACCGGGCCAAAGAACAAAAAGAAACAGCUGGUUCUAGACCCGGUCAGUAGUCAGCAUGAAGGAAACUACUCCUGUGCUGUCAAAACUCCCAAAAACAUCAGCUCACCAGAAGAAAGUCUCAUUGUCAAAGCUCAAGGGAAGUCAGUAGCGAUAAUGAAUGCAGUAAAACUGACUGUUUUGUUACUGAUCCCGCCUGCUGCAUUUCUCUUCUACCUGGCGCUGAGAUCUAGGAAAAUGAACAAUCCAACCUCCGCUGCUGAGCUAAGUGACAAAGUACAAAGUGAACAGCUGUAUGAAAGCAUUGCAUUCGUGACCAUGAGUCCUGCUGCACAGGAAGCACCUGCAGAGGAGCAAGAAUACACUGUGUAAUAUGAGCUUGGAUUUUAGAUAUAUGUGCAGGGCGCUUUGCAGAGGACAAAUAAAUGUAUGUCUUGUUCAUUUAGAUACAAGCUGGAAAUGCAUGAUUUGAGCACCAUUUAGGCAUCUGUAAACUCAUGUAUGUGAUGCAGCCAAAUCAGGAUGUCACAAUCAUUUACUCGUAUCCUUUGUGAUCUGCUUCCUGUUGGGGGGGUUGCAAGGCUGUUAUCUACAGAUGACUGACACAUCCGUUCAUGAGGGCCUAAUGCAUGUUUUGAAUGCUGAUUGUGGCUAAUAUAUUUUUCUUGUUAUAUUUUAUGUUUUAAUGGCAUAUUAUAAUAACAUUUACAAUAAUAUUUUUGUAUACUGGGGAUAACUUUGUACAUGACACUUUGCUUCCUUCUUCCCCUGCACAUUUCACAGUGAUGUUUGUGCAAAAGUGUGAAAUUAAAUUACAACAGACUGAUUCCUCUUGCCUAUUUCAUCACUUUCUUGUAAAUGUACUUUAAUGUGAAAGGAAAUGCAUUUAAAUGUUUUUAGUAGGUUUUUGUUGCUUUCAUUUCAAUCUACAACUGUAACUUUAUAUAGGCUAUGUUAUGUUUACUGUGUUUUCUUUUAUUCUUCAAUGUUAGAGAUAUAAACACAUGGCAGUA